UUAAGAGAGUAACAGUGAGAGAGAGCGAAGCGAACGAAAAGGUUAGAGAAAGAACGAACAACGUGACCCCACCGUUCCUCUUCGUAUAAAUGCACAUCAUCUCACUUUCUCUUAACAACAAACCCAACCAGCUCCUUCAUUUGCUGCUGCUGCCAAUUUCCGAUCGGAGAUUCAUCAAACCCUAAUCUCCGAUUCAUCCUAUUUUUGAUUUCAGAUUAACCCUAACGCUUCAUUCUGAUUGCAAUGGCUAUGAGUGGUGCUGCCGCUUCUCCCAAUCAUUCCCCUUCUCCGUCUCCAUGGAGCCAGAUUGUCUCCGCCGCCGCGCCUCCCUCAUCACCGCCCGCCGUAUCCGUAUCCGACUCAUCCGCCGUUAAUUCCGCCCCGGCGGAGGAGACCGAGAACAAUGCCAACGGCGGUAAGAGGCCUGCCUGGAACAAACCCUCCAAUGCGGCUUCCUCCUCCGUCAUGGGCGCCGAUUCCUGGCCUGCUUUGUCCAAGUCCGCUCAUUCUCCGGCUAAAUCGCUCCCCGAAUCGGUUAAGGGUUCCGUAGAUUCAUCAUCGCCCUCGCCAAAUUUACAGGGUACCGGAAGCGCGACUCCCUCUCCGCAGAGGCAAGUGAGGGAUAAUGCCGGUGUGAACAAUACUUUGCCGACUCAACAGAAGCCUUAUAAGCGAAGCAAUUCGAAUCUGUCUUCCAAUGGAGGCCACAAUCCACAACAUUCUGGGAAUCAGGGUUCCGUGGCUGCGACGGGGUCCCACAGCCACAACUCUUCGCAGAAGGACCACCACCAACAAAGAACUGGGUUUGUGUCGAAUGAUCACCCGCCGCAGCAGCGAAAUUCGUAUAGAAACCGGAAUGGCGGCGGUCCUCAUCAGCGGGGAGAUGGUGCUCACCAUCAUAACUAUGGGGGCAGGCGUGAUCAGGACCGUGGGAAUCAGGAUUGGAAUAAUCAGCGAAAUUUUAAUGGUAGAGACAACUAUAUGUCUCCGAGAUUUGUGCCACGAUAUAUAAGGCCCCCACCUCCUCCUAAUCCUGCUCAAUUGUUUCCACCGCCACCACCACCAAUGCGUCCAUUCGGAGGCUCCAUUGGGUUUCCCGGUAACUCCAUCGGGUUUCCUGAACUACCACCUCAAGUGGUAUAUGUUCCACCUCCACCGCUGGACUCCCUAAGAGGCGUAUCAUUUGUGCCUCCAAUACCACCUAAUGCAAUGUUCUUUCAACCUCCGGAUCCUCAAUUGCACACUAUGAUUGUCAACCAAGUUGACUACUAUUUCAGUAAUGAGAAUUUAGUUAAAGAUAUAUACUUGCGGCAGAACAUGGAUGACCAGGGCUUUGUUCCCAUAAAUUUAAUAGCAGGCUUUAAGAAAGUAAAGCUUUUGACUGACAAUAUCCAGAUUGUACUAGAUGCUGUUCGAAGUUCAUCUGCUGUUGAAGUGCAGGGUGACAAAAUAAGGAGACGGAAUGAUUGGAGGAGAUGGCUGAUGCCUCCUGUUCAGAUUUCUAACGUUACAGCACCCCAAACUGUUGGACAGCUGACAGAACAAGUUCAAAGCAUUUCUCUUGAAACAACUAAAUCUGAUGCUGCUGGAGGACAAGAUGUUUCACAUAGUAGACCAUUGGGGGAUUUUAAUAGUCAAUAUAUGCUUUCCACGAGCGAGGGCACUGGUCAAGUCGGUAUUCAAGUUUCGGAUCACUCUAUAUCUGCAAGAAAUUAGAAUUGCAGAUCUGAAAAGAUUUUUUUUGGAGAAUAUUCUUCAGGGGGAGCAGGAAGCAGGGAUCUAACCUGGUCUUAUUUUUACAUAUGGUAAUGGCACAGUGGGGCAUGAUUUCUCAUGAGGUACUAGAAAAAAGUGAAAAACAUGAUUGAGAAAUGGGAAGAAAAUACCUAUUAGAAAACAGAAAGAAAGACCAAACGAUGAAAAUCCUUCACUGAAAGGGCACAUUUUGUAUUCUGUUAAGGAGCUAGUAGCAUGACUCUUGUGAUGACUUGUUUAUAUGGGGUGUAAUGUUCCUACUCUGAUGGUGGGAUGUUGGUAUGCUUUAAUCUGGGGAAUAUUUUAUUUUUCUUUUUAGGGUUUAUCUUCCCCUGAAUUCCCCUCAGCUGCUUUUUAUAAUCUUUGGGAUCAUCUUCUCCCACCAAUUAGGAGCAUUAUAUGUGAGAUAAUGGGUGUUGAAUGAGUGUGAUAGCUACUAGUAGACUGAGUGAAGGAAAGACGGCUUUCUGCUGAAGGAGCAUGUCCUACAACUGCUUUACACAAUGAUUGCUUGAUGUCCCUUGCAAUUUCCCGUGACAUCGUAUUUGGAAUGACUUCAUAUUUAUACUUUUUAUUCUAUUUUUAUUUUAUUUUUUUCUAUUUAAAGCUAGGCAUAAACUGCUCCCAUGGGGCUAUUUUAACUUAAAUUUAUCCAGAUUUCAGCUGUA